CCUAGUUCAAUUCACAUUCUAUAUAAAAACUUGGUCAGCACUCUAUACACAUUAUAUACACACGCAUUCAUAUCCAAAAACCGCAAGAAAAGCUCCUCCAAUGGCAGAUUCAAGCUCUUCUCUCCUACCUCUUUGCGAAAGGAUCUCACACAAAAGCUACUUUUUAAGAAUUGUGGAUCUAACGAUUCUCGGUCUUCUCUUUUCUCUUCUCUUGUACCGAAUCAUGCAUAUGAGCGAAAACGACAACAUCUGGCUCGUGGCUUUUCUCUGUGAAUCUUGUUUCUCAUUCAUAUGGUUGAUUAUUACCUGCAUAAAAUGGAGUCCUGCUGAAGAUAAACCCUAUCCAAAUAGACUUGAUGAAAGGGUUCAUGACUUUCCUUCAGUAGAUAUGUUCGUGCCCACGGCAGAUCCGGUUAGGGAGCCGCCGAUUAUUGUUGUGAACACUGUGCUUUCGCUGUUAGCUGUGAAUUAUCCAACGAAUAAACUAGCGUGUUAUGUGUCGGACGAUGGAUGUUCUCCUCUCACUUACUUCUCUCUCACGGAAGCUUCUAAGUUCGCUAAAAUUUGGGUUCCCUUCUGCAAGAAAUACAACGUUAGAGUUAGAGCUCCUUUUAGAUAUUUCUUAAACCCUUUGGUUGCAACAGAUGAUUCAGUAUUCAGCAAAGAUUGGAAAAUGACGAAGAGGGAGUAUGAGAAAUUAUGCCGGAAAAUUGAAGAUGCCACCGGAGAUUCGCAUUGGUUAGAUGCAGACGGAGAUUUUGAAGCUUUCUCAAACACAAAGCCAAAUGAUCAUUCAACUAUUGUUAAGGUGGUAUGGGAGAACAAGGGAGGUGUGGGAGACGAUAAAGAAGUCCCUCAUCUUGUAUACAUUUCAAGAGAGAAAAGACCAAAUUAUCUUCAUCAUUACAAAACUGGAGCCAUGAACUUUCUGUUAAGAGUGUCAGGGUUGAUGACAAAUGCACCAUACAUGUUGAACGUAGACUGUGACAUGUAUGCCAAUGAACCAGAUGUGGUGCGACAAGCAAUGUGUGUAUUUUUAGAAAACUCAAAGAAUUCAAACCAUUGUGCUUUUGUUCAAUUCCCUCAAGAGUUCUAUGAUUCUUACACCAACGAAUUCGCGGUCCUACAAUCAUAUUUGGGACGAGGAGUUGCGGGAAUCCAAGGACCGAUAUAUUGUGGCUCAGGAUGCUUCCACACUAGAAGAGUUAUGUACGGUUUAUCUUCAGAUGAUUUAGAAGACAACGGAAGUCUUUCUUCGGUGGCUACAUGGGAGUUUUUGGAUGAGGAUAGUUUAGUGAGAAAAUAUGGGAGUUCUAAAGAGAUGGUGAAAUCGGUGGUGGGUGCAUUACAAUUAAAAUCAUAUCCCCAAAAAAGCCUUACAUACUUCAUCGAAGCGGCUCAAGAAGUAGGGCAUUGUCACUAUGAGUAUCAAACAAGUUGGGGCAACCUCGGUUGGUUAUAUGAUUCAGUGGCAGAAGAUAUAAACACCAGUAUUGGAAUCCAUUUGAGAGGAUGGACUAGCUCGUUCGUUUCUCCGGAUCCACCUGCGUUUCUUGGAUCUACACCGUCGGUAGGACUAGAGGCGAUAGUCCAGCAGCGGCGCUGGGCGACGGGAGCGAUCGAAGUCCUUUUUAACAAACAAAGUCCGUUGAUAGGAAUGUUCCGCGGAAAAAUAAAAUUCCGACAAAGAUUAGCUUAUUUUUGGGUUCUCAUUUGUUUAAGUUCAAUCCCUGAGCUAAUUUAUUUUCUCUUGCCUGCUUAUUGCCUACUCCACAACUCUGCCUUAUUUCCCAAGGGACCUUGUCUAUGCCUAACAGCUACACUUGUGGGGAUGCAUUGUCUCUACAGUCUAUGGCAAUUCAUGAACCUUGGUUUUUCGGUACAAUCGUGGUAUGUCGCUCAAUCAAUUUGGAGAAUAAUAGCCACUAGCAGUUGGUUAUUUAGCAUCCAAGAUAUCAUACUCAAGCUUCUUAGAAUCUCGAAAAUCGGGUUCGUAAUCGCUAAAAAAACUAUGCCCGAGACCAGGUCAGUAUAUGAGUCAUCUCAAGGAGAAGAUGAUGUUCCAAAAUCAGACUUAGGUAAAUUUGAAUUUGAUAGCUCGUGUCAUUUCAUUCCCGGCACAUUUAUUAUGUUGGUGAAUCUAGCCGCUCUAGCUGGAUUUUUGGUUCGUCUACAACGGUCAAGUUGUAGUCAUGGAGGAGGUGGUUCGGGCUUGGCAGAGGCUUGUGGAUGUAUCUUGGUGAUUAUGUUGUUCCAUCCAUUUCUAAAGGGUUUGUUCGAGCAUGGAAAAUAUGGCAUCCCAUUGUCUACUCUUUCUAAAGCUGCCUUUUUAACCGUUUUAUUUGUUGUUUUCUCUCUGGGAAUAUAGCAACAUGGCUGGUCCUUGCUAAAGUCCAAGAAGCACCUGUUCUAGAACAAACCAAUACUUCCUCUAUGUUAUAAUAAGUGAAUGUUAUAAGACGAAAAAAAAAAAAUUUAUUUUAUUUGAUAUUUUUAAC